AUGUUUGCUAAACGACUAAGUAAUAUUACAAAGUACGUUGGUGCACAUGUUAGUAUUUCAGGAGGUGUACAAAAUGCUAUAACCAAUAGCCUUUUUAUCGGAGGAAAUGCUUUUGCAGUUUUCUUGAGGAAUCAGAGGAGAUGGACAGCUCCACCAUUAGAUCCAAAGAAUAUUGAAGCAUUCCGAGAAAAUUGCUUACAGCAUAAUUAUGCUUCAAAAUUUAUUUUACCUCACGGAAGUUAUUUAAUUAAUUUAGGUAAUCCGGAUCAAGAAAAACGCGAGAAAAGUUAUCAAGCUUUUUUGGAAGAUUUACGACGUUGUGAAUUAUUAGGACUAACUUUAUAUAAUUUUCACCCUGGUUCAACAGUUGGAAAUUGUACCAAAGAACAAUCUAUACAACAUAUUGCAAAUUGUAUUAAUAGAGCACUUAAGGAAACUUCUAAUGUAACAUGUGUUAUCGAAAAUAUGGCAGGUUCAGGUAAUAUUAUUGGAUCUAGGUUUGAAGAGCUCGCGGAUAUCAUUUCACGAGUAGACGAUAAAAAUCGAGUUGGAGUUUGUAUUGAUACAUGUCAUGCCUUUGCUGCGGGGUAUGAUUUACGUACCAACAAAGCGUAUGAAGAAACUAUGCAGGAAUUUUCUCGACAUAUUGGAUUUCAAUAUUUAAGAGGGAUGCAUUUAAAUGAUUCAGAAACCGAAUUAGGAUCAUUACGAGAUCGCCAUGCUAAUAUAGGGAAAGGGCAUAUAGGUUUAGAAGCAUUUCGUUUAAUAAUGAACGAUGAUAGAUUAAAUGAAAUUCCAUUGAUUCUAGAAACUCCUAUUGGACCUGAUGAUGAAUUAUCAGAUUAUCAUAAAGAAAUUGAAUUACUUUAUGGACUUAUAGGAAAAAAAUCGCCUAUUACAACUAAUUGUGUAAAGACGCACAUCACCGAGAAAAAUAAGGCAAAACGAAAAUCUAAAAAAUCAAAGUAA